GCAGGAUUUUGUAUAUAAUGCAAACGACGUGCGUUCUUCGUCGAAUUAAACGUUUCGAUAAGUAUCUUUCUUUAUCGUAUACGUGGAAGUUUUUUUUUUAUUUUUCAACAACGAUAAACACAGAAAGGAGAACGAUUUUUAUCGAUGAAAACUAAAUGUACUUCGAAGAGGAACAAACCGAUUCGUAUAGUUCACAUGGAUACACACAUGCACAAAAUCAACGUCUGAAUGAAAUUUAUCGAAAUUGUUUCGUAGCGGUUCCUCGUUUAUAGACCUAUCGGCGUGUAGUUAGAGGGACAUCUACUCCAAACUAACGGUUCGAUGGCCAAGGAUUUCAUACAAAAAGGAACCUCGUUGAAAAACCCGUUACUGGCGGGCCACGGUUCAGAAUGGCGGUAUACCUUUGCCAAGCGUUAUCUGUUGACAAUGUCGAUUGCAUAAUUGUAACGCGAUAAGGAACAGCUAGUUCCUGUUUUGUUGCGAGAAAGAAAAGUCGGACACGUUUGCCAUCUAUCUACUUCAUUUGUGAACAUAAGUACAGACUCGCUAAGGAUCGAGAUUGUCGAAACCGGCUUUAUGAAUGACUACAGGAAGAGGAAUAACGCUAUUAAAGGUGUAAAUCUCACAAUCGCGCAUUCCAGGAUGCCUACUGCGAUCUACUCUAAUCUUGGUCUCGUCGCGGACGAGUAACUGAUCAUGAAAACACCAAACAAACAAAAAUGUGGGUCAAGGUAACUGCGAAUGAGAUUCAUGUAAAUCGAACAUAACAAAUUUAUGCAUUCGUCAAAUGAAAACGAAAGUUUUAGAUAUGACUCACUCGAGUAUCUUUUUACAUUCCCAUUUCCUAGUAUUCGUAGAAAUAUUUCCUGAGCAAUCGUAUAUCUGAUUUUUCAUCUUAAGGUUACUAGGUAAUCGCUAUAUCCUAAAAUUGGCUUCCUUAAGCCUUUAAGCCCAAAAGUGAUUUCGUUUACUCCGUAUUCAAAUAUUUCGCAUAUUACACGAAAUUUACCUCGACAAAUGUUGGUAAUUAUCAAAAUAUGAGACAAAUUUGUGGAAUAGAAGAUAUUCGAUAUUUUUAUACGUUGCAAGUGACUCAAUAGGCGAUGGUAACGUGUUUCAGAGUUUCUUCUAUUUGAAAAAUUUUUUUCAAAACAUAAAUACAAGUAACAGUGCUUAGAAAACAAAAGGUGUAAGUAAUUCGCAUUAGUUUUGUUCCUACCACUCGCUUGGUUUGCUCGUAUAGAAUGUACAAGGAAGUUGGCCUGUGAAACUCGAUUAUAUCGGUAACGUGUUCAAAAAUUCAACAAUAUCCGACUCAAUGAAAUUUCCUUCUUCCGCUGCUAAAUGAGUACUGGUAUCAUUUUGAAGUAUCUGAAGUAACUGAAGUCUGAAGUACUGCAUCAUGCAGGCCCAAUAUUCUCUUUAUUCGUACUCGAACAAUAUUAUUACCGUUUGACGUAUUAUUUGACCAGGGAUUAAUACAUUUAUAAGUCAUUUGUAACGUGUAAUAAAAUAUUGCACUUUGUAUUAAUUUACUAAGAAUUUUCCAUUGGUAACGUCAACUAUCACCAAUGUCCAGAGGAUUCACCUUCUUCGUGGCCCGUUACGAUUGCUAUGCGUAUUUAAGAAAUGUUGGCAUCCCGUCAAAUUGACUGACACCGAUCCAUCGAACAAAAGAAAGAUUCUUUCUACAUCGACCAAAAGUACCGUUGUUUGAAGAAAUUGCAUAAUAGAGCCUGCAUCGGUUUGUUCUCAGCGGGUCGUCGGGUACCACCUUGGUUAAACUUCUUGCCAAGAAGUCGUCUAACAACAUUGACCAAUGACCAUCGUCUGGUGACCAGAUUCUGAGGCCACGAAGAGUACCGUAAGAAUAUUCACGUGUAGGUAAAACAGGGGGGGUAGUGUCCGGUCAACGCUCUUGCGCUCCUUGGUUAAUGUAUAUAAGAGAAGCGGUUUGCACCAUGUUCACGGCAGAUCAACGGUAGACAUGAUCGGCAAGAUAGUUCUGAUACUUUCGGCUUUGGCUCUGGCUCGAGCCCAGAUACCCAGUCUGGGUUUCUGUCCAGAUUACGUACCUAUGGCGAACUUUGACAUGAGUAAGUUUUUGGGUAUCUGGUACGAAGCUGAGAGAUACUUUCAACUGACAGAAGUAGUAUCACGAUGCGUAAUGGCAAAUUACACGUUGAGUCCUGACGGCAAGUACCGAGUCAGCAACGAAGUUACAAAUAGAUUCACGGGGAUCAAGAGAGUGUUAGAGGGUGAAAUCAAGAAAGCUGCCUCGAAAGCCGAAGAAGGGAAGCUAAUCGUAAAAUACACGAUACCAUUGACUCCUGAAACCAAAUAUUCUGUACUUGAAACGGAUUACGAUUCUUACGCGGUUCUGUGGAGUUGUUCCGGUAUUGGUCCAUUCCAUACGCAAAACGCCUGGGUUAUGACAAGAGAAAGAUUGGCACCGGGAACAGUCUUACAGAAGGCUUACGCCGUCCUUGACAGCUACAAGAUUUCCAAAACGUUUUUCGUAAAGACGGAUCAGCAAGACUGUGCUUACUUAGAUGCGCCAAAACCAGUGGCGACAUCAGAGGUACAAGGCGAUCAACCUCCCGUAGAAGUUCCGCAGAAAGAUACCGAAAAUGUUAGAUCCGUUGUAGUGCCAGAUGCGCCGGAAGUGAUCGUCGAAAUGAACACGAAGGAGGACGAAAAGUUGACGAAAAAGCCUCAAACUGCUGAAAACAUGAAGAAGAAGGCGGUUAACGCGGUUCCCGUUCGAAUCAUGGAAGUGGCUGACGCCGUGAAAGAAGAUACACCGACGAAGAAUGCGAAGAUAAAGGAGGAGAAAAACGGCGAGCCUAUGAAAGACGGAGUCGACGAAAAUAUGAAGCAAGUGGAAAAGAUUGCGUGAAAAUAACACUUGAAAAUGAAAUUUAUACUCGUCUCGUUCGAGACAUUUCGCGUAGAUUAUUAUCGAUUAGUUGAGUUUCGGGCUUGUAGCGGUUUCGUUCUGUUGAAACCAGUCUCGCCUGAGUUUCAUCUUCAUUAUUCAUCCAUUUCCAAGGAUUAUCACUUUCAUGGUUCGUGGAGGGAUAGGAGGGUAUUUGUUUUAACUUGUGUACAAAUGUAAAAAAAAAGAACAAUAAAAGUUAAAUAAAUUGUUACAUAAAACGUUGCUAUGAAAUUCCGAUGUACUUAUAUUUUUCUUCCCAUUUCGUUUUUCGAUUACCAGUAAAUCGUAGAUUAAGUGAAAGAAGACACGAAAGAAAGAGUAUAAAAGAACGAUCUAUCAUUAAAUAUCUUAUUUAGAUAAUGGUAAUUACAUGAAUACAAACUAGAUAUGUGUUCAUACAAUUUGAAAAAUAAUAAACUAUUUAAUAUGUAGUCUUUGACGUUAAAAAUAGGAUCAACAAGGAUGUAUAAAACGAUGGAUAACGGGACCAUUAAUAAGGAAUUUCAAUUUUGAUUGAUGUUCUCUUUUUCAGCCUUUUGCAAAUAUUUUAAUUUCACAUUUAUAAGAAAGUACAGUAACGGCUUAAAAAUAACUUUGCGUAAAUAAACGUAACUAGUCAUACUCUAAAUUUUAAAAAUACUUACGACAAUGUCUAAUUAUAUUUAAUUCCAUUCUCUGAGUAUGGUGAAUGGAUAUUGUAAUAAACCAAAUACCAUAACAGUAGACAGAAUAACAGAGUUACUAUUUAGUCGAUGGAUCUGCUCGAUGAGUCAAGACGUUUCAACGUUGGUUCAACAAACGCAAACAACGAGGAAAUGUGUGAAAUGAUAGAGACAUAACGACAAA